GGAUAUUCACCGUAGAGGAGGAAAAAAAAAAGCAGAGGAGGGGGGGGGCAGACACCAAAUCGAGCUUUUUUAAAACAGCAAAAACCCAAUUCGUGCCAUGUAAAUAACUACCGGGAGGGACACGGAAAGGGAUUAUCAACAGGUAGGGGUUGGAUUGAUCUUUUAUUCCUCCUUUUUUCUAUCUUUUUUUAUUUUUUGGCCUUGUCUUAUGUGGUGGCACUGGCAGCGAUUUCCUCGCGGAGACUUGGAUGUUUUUAUCCGCUCCAAGCUGACAUGGAUGCCGAGGAUGGGCAUCAAUGUUAUCAUCAUUAUUUUUAUUAGUCUUCAUAUUGUCUUUUUUUUCUUUUUAUCAUAUUGGCCUCUAUUUUUCCCUUUUGUUGUUGCCCCCCCUCCCGGAGUCUGCGGGAUUCAGACGCGCGUAAAACACGCAGAGGAGGCGUUUUUUAAAGAGGAUUUCUUUUAGGGGCGAUGAGACAAAGGAACAAAGGAUGCCUUAGAAAGGAGAGGUUGAGCCCGGAAACCUCUUCAAAGCACACCGCCAAAUGGAUCUAACGCCUCCCCCCUGCCAUCUCCAGAUCAUGAUACUCGGCUGAAACUAAUCCGCUAUCUUUAUGAUCCCUCCUCCAUCUAUGGCGAACUAUAGCCAUGCAGGGGACCACACCAUCUUGCAGAAUGUCUCUCCUCUCGCCACGUUCCUCAAACUGACCUCUCUGGGUUUCAUCAUCGGCGUCGGCGUGGUAGGAAACCUACUGAUCUCCAUCCUGCUGGUCAAAGACAAGAGCUUGCACCGAGCGCCCUACUAUUUCCUGCUGGACCUGUGCGCCUCCGACAUCCUGCGCUCGGCUAUCUGCUUCCCGUUCGUCUUUACCUCGGUGAAAAAUGGAUCGGCGUGGACGUACGGCACGCUGACCUGCAAGGUGAUCGCUUUUCUGGGCGUGCUCUCCUGUUUCCACACCGCCUUCAUGCUGUUCUGCGUCAGCGUCACCCGCUACCUGGCCAUCGCGCAUCACCGCUUCUACACCAAAAGGCUCACCUUCUGGACGUGCUUGGCUGUCAUCUGCAUGGUGUGGACGCUGUCGGUGGCGAUGGCGUUCCCGCCGGUCCUGGACGUGGGGACGUACUCCUUCAUCCGGGAGGAGGACCAGUGCACGUUUCAGCACCGCUCCUUCCGGGCCAACGAUUCUUUGGGCUUCAUGCUCUUGCUGGCGCUCAUCCUCCUAGCCACACAGCUGGUUUACCUCAAACUCAUCUUCUUCGUCCACGACCGGCGAAAGAUGAAGCCCGUCCAGUUUGUGCCCGCCGUCAGCCAGAACUGGACCUUCCACGGUCCGGGCGCUAGUGGGCAGGCAGCGGCCAACUGGCUGGCUGGAUUCGGUCGGGGCCCUACCCCGCCAACCUUGCUGGGCAUUCGGCAGAACAGCAACGCAGCGGGCCGCCGCCGUCUACUCGUACUGGAUGAGUUCAAAACAGAGAAGAGGAUUAGUAGGAUGUUCUACAUCAUGACCUUUUUUUUCUUGGCGCUUUGGGGGCCCUACUUGGUGGCCUGCUACUGGCGGGUGUUUGCCAGGGGGCCCGUGGUCCCCGGGGGUUACCUAACAGCAGCCGUGUGGAUGAGCUUUGCCCAGGCGGGGGUCAACCCUUUCAUCUGCAUCUUCUCCAAUAGGGAGCUCCGGCGCUGUUUCAGCACCACGCUCCUUUACUGCAGAAAAUCCAGGUUACCACGGGAACCCUACUGCGUUAUAUGAUAGUUUUUCCCACCCCGUCAUUCCCUCUUUGUCUUUAUUACGCUGAUUGAUCUUGAUAGGGGCUCGCUCCCGUUGUACAGGCACUCUUUCUUUCUGUCUCCUCCAUUUCUCUCUCUGCUCCUCCUCCUUCUCCUGUCCCUUUCUUCUCCGAUUGCGUGGCCAGCCAAUCACGUGGCUCUGCCGGAGGGGAUCGGAUGUGAAAAGUCUGCCAAAAGUGGAGGCUAAGCUGAGAAUUCGGAAUUUUUUUUUGAAAACAUUUUUUUCCUCAUCUUGCCCCACUCCCCUACUGUGUUUAUGUUCUAGUAAACAUACCUGUGGAAGCCAACGUAAACAAGCGAAAAAAUGGAGAGAAAAAACAACAACGGAACGAAGAAGAAGAAAACCUCUUUGAUCUGGAAUUUUUUCCUUCUUUUUUGUUUUGUCUGUUUUUCUUUGAAGAUGCGUUUACUCUGUGAUGUGUUUGAUGCAAAAAAAAAACAUGAAAAGGAGAAAAAAUAUUUGAAAAAAUACAAGAACAAAGAAACGAUACCUCUCAAGGAAUCACUGGAGAUAUUUUACAUUUUAAUAGUUGCACUAAAAGUGAAGAUGUAAAGAUGCUUUUGUUUGUUGCCAGCUGCAUUGCAAAGGACGACGUUUUUCUUAUUCCCUCCCAAGGAAAACAACAACAACAAAAAAACUCCGAAACAAUGAAUGCUUUAAUUUGCAAUGGACUACACAAUCGCUUGUAAGUAGAGCAAAAACUUGACUGUUGGGAUACACCAUCACAAGAGGAUAUAAUUGUUUUAAUGUAAGUGAUAUCUUUUUCAUUUAUCUGGGGUGGGGGAGGGGCGAUGGGGCGGGGCUUGAAAACCCGGGGCGGGGCUUUGCAAAUGUGUGUGUAUGGGGGGGGGGUUAAAACUAGAAAUGAUUUCUUGUAGUUUUACUAUCCAUAUGUCCCUAUUAUCUGUUACUUUCUUAACACGUUUUACAGAAAAAAAAGAAGGCGAAGAAAAACAUGGAAGUUAUGUGUGGCUUAGGAAAAAAAAAGGUUUUUAUAACAAAUUUGUGCUGGAAAAAAACAACAAAAAAAGACAUUGAAGAAGUAGUUAACUGUUUCAUUAGAUCCAUGUACCUAAACACUUUCAUCUUAUGACAGUAUUUUCUGAUGCCACUCCGGGUGUUCUUGCCUUAAUGGUUAUGAAAUUGUCACGUUUCUUGGUUGUUGUUUUUUAACUCCUCAGUCACUCCUAAAAGUUUUUUUUUUUACAUCAGCGUGAAGUGCAUGUUCAAUUUUUUUUUUUUUUUUUUUGUAAAAAGCUGGUCAGCUCCCAUGAGCAUCACAGGCCAUACACUGAGAAGCCCCAUUUUUAUUCUGCAAUGGUUUGCUACAACCCACAGAGUGCGCAGAGCACAGGGAGCGUGAUUGUGUGUGCACAAAUGUGUGUAUUGCGGUGAGAAUGUGUGUAUGUGUGGACCAGACAACAGUCACUUCAAGACCAGAGCCUUAGUAUGGAAUCUUGCACAAUUUGUAAAAAAACCAACAAAAAAAAAACAAGUAAAAAAAAAACAGGAAAAUGAGGAAAAAAGACAU